AUGACAGUGGUCAGUGGUGGACAGUGACGAGUGCAUGCGAGUGAUAAACUUUUACGGGUUGGAUUUGUUAAUGAUCGAUCAAUGAUUGCGUUGAGUGGUCGGUCGGUUGGAGCUCUCGACUGUAAUGGUUAUAAUAGUUGGAAAGCGUUGGUAGAGCUCAUGAACUACGGAGCGCUGCUGUCGGUGCGAUUACAGUUGAUGUAUUGCAAAAGCGCACCGACGAAUUUAAUUUGGUUAUUUUGCCCGCAAUCUCCGUGCAGAGUUGCUGACAGUCUCAGUCAGCGGCAGUCAAAUCCAUUAUCAAUAAGUGCCAUUUUACCAGGUCAGUGA